CUCAAGCUGGGGGAACUCUUGAUGUACAAAGAUGAAUCUAACUCAUCAAGUUUUCAUCUUGUAGAUGCAAUGAGUGCUAUUGAAUUGAUGGACCCGAAAAUGGAUAUUGGUAUGGUACCGUUUGAUAAUUCAAUCUGUUUCGAGAAACUUGUUGCUUCAGGGAAACUUAAUGUAGCUUCUAUGCCGUUCCCUGAAAUGAUUGCUACCAUGGAUGCAAUGCUUGCUUCUAUGAUGUCUUGGCUGGAAGGAAAUUCUUUAGCUCAAACUCUCUUUACUUGCGUUUGUCUCCAUGACGUUGAUUCAAUAGCCGACGUUCAUCUUGGAGGGUUUUCCCGUGCCAUCUUAGAACUGAUUACCAUUUUCAGGGACAUAGUCCUCGGAGCCGCUGUUUUUGAAGAGGAGGAUUUUAAUAGCCAUUGCUUUGACUUGAAGAAAUCGACAUCGACGAACGCUCUGCCGUUCUUGAAAGCCUCUGAGAGUGCAAUCCAACGUUCUAUUCGGGUUUCUUUCUCUUCAUCUAUGAGGGAAGCCAUUUUUACUCAACAACCACUUUCUUUGCAGCAGAAGUCUGAAGAGACUGGAUUGUUGGAGGCUGUUCACUAUCGGAUAUCAUUUAUGCGAUAUAUCAUACUUACUUUGAAUGCUGUCGUUCCCCCUCUACCGACUCCUGUUAAUGACCCUCCUUCAAAAUUUGUGCAACUAAUUUUUCUUAUUAUAAGUCUAUUUUCCAGUCCUAAUCUCUCUGAAGCUGCAGCACAUUUGAAGAUAGCUUGUAAUUUUUGUGACCUGAUUGAAUCGACAUUGUCACUAGGCUUGAAACCUCCGAAAGGCUCGGACGAUGGUACAGUGAAUUUACUUUUUACUUAUUGUAGUGUACUACUCACUUUAAUUGAAUUAUUAAUUCAUUGUACUUGUUGGGGCUUAAAUUUAGAAGUUUACUUGGAACUUAAUUUUCUUAAUCUCAUUUUCGGCGAUUUUUCUUGGUUACCGGGCUUUGAGCCAGGGAUAAACAGGCGUCACCUGCCUCCCACGUUUCCACGUAAAUCUGCAAUGUUAAGCCGGAAAAGCGGUCUUGAGUAUUUAAAGAAACUUUGUGGUCGUAUUUCAUCCAUAGUAAACGAAUUGCCCUUCAAGGUUACGACAAUUGAGUCGACUUUAAGCUACUUUCGAGCUUUUAGUUUGAAUGAUAGUUGUGCUGUUUCUCGUUCUUUGUUACAACUUGCUCUGUUGCCUAGUGACGAUCAUGUUCUUGGGAGAGUACCUCUGUCAUCCCCAAUUAUGGAGUCAUUGCGUUUAUUUGUAAUGUCGCCCUUACUUGACGCAGGGUGUCCUCUUUUUGCUAAUCCAAGUUACCAGGCGACCUGGGAAGACGUAGUUGCUGACUUUGUUAAAGUGUUUCUCACUAUUAUACAAAUGUUUGGUUUGAAUCUAGCGAGACAGAGAGAGAAGAUUUCAUCUUGUAUUGAAGAUCUGUCAACAUUACUUGACAUGGUGGAGAAAUUGGAAAGUGCUUUAGGCUUUUAUUUAGGCGGUCAGAUGAUGGAAAGCGGACGUUCCAUAAGCUCCUUCAUUAUAUAUCAUGCUUUGUUACUAAUUGAAUAUCACUUUUAUUUAUCAUUUCAUUUAGAGCUUUUUGUGCCUUAUGAAUAUCCAUAUGUUUACUGGUAUUUGGGAGAAGUGGUAUUCAAAUGGUUGAUGAGUGCUGUGGAUCGCUCGAACAACCUUGUCAUCGCCGAUUACCUUAAAUCUUCGAAGAAGAAGAAGGUUGACAAGAAGAAAGCUUUGAAAGGAAAAAAGGAGGCGGAUUUGAGAAAACUUGUGAACACUGGUCAGCGUUUACUUCUUUCCUACAAAGCCAACAUGGCUCUUGCCGAGGCAUUUUUUAAAUUUUCUGUUGGCAUGAUAGUGAGCGGUAAAAUUCGUGUGCCAACCGGCGAUGCUAACAGUGAACGAUUACGAUUUGAGCAUCGUAUGAAGCCGUUUUCCUCUUUGUUACCGCCUAUGCGUAUAUCUUAUGAACAGUACCUGCGCAUAUCCAGGAUUGAGGAAGUAAAAGCAAAAGGCAGUGAAGCUUGUUUUUUGGAUGCUGCAGAAGCUUUUGACCUUGCACGAUCUCACAUUGAAAAUUAUGAAAACGGUGAAACCAGUGAUUCUGAAACUACUGCAGUUGCGGGUAUUUGUAAGAGGAAUGCUGUAGUUUCGAGGAUUCUUUCUUCUGGAAAGAAAACUGAUGUAAGCUUGGAAUAUUUUUGGGUUCCUGGAAAUGACUUUUUUUUGGUUUAUUUGCCUGUUAUAAAAGUCUUUAGCGCUGCUUUUCCUAAAGAUGCUUUUGAAAAUGUCUUUAUGCGUUAUGCAAGUGAUUGA